AUGGACAAUCUGGGUCGCCACGGCCAGCUGGCCGCGCACUACUCCAACUGCAUCAAGCUCAGCGCCGAGAACAAGAUCAGCGCCAAGAACGCCUUCAGCCUGCAGCUGAUCGACUGCAUGGCGCAGAUGCUGCGGCAGAAGAAGUCGGACCUCGACAACUUCCAGGUGGCCAGCUACACCCUGGACGCCUCAGCCAAGAUUUACGGCUACCGGGUGGAGGUGCUGCACGGCGAGACGCUACGCAUGGCCGGCGGCCUGGGCCGCGCCGACAACAAACAGAAGACCGCCGAGGAGGGCGAGCCGGGCUUCUCCUUCUCCGGCUGGAGUCUGGCGGACGAGCGUGACGGUCAGCGCUUCGAGGAGGCCGGAGCCGACCUGCCGCCGCCGCCGCCGGCGCCGCCCGCCGACCUGCGGCACAGGUUCGACAUCAACGCGGUCACAGCGUCAUCAUGGAGGAGCCGGCUGAUGACGAGUUUGGCGGAGGGAGGAUUCGACUUCGACCAGCGCCGCCUGCUGGCCUGGGCCGGGCCCGGCACUGGAGCUGCGUCCGCUGACAGGUCAGCCGCGGUCCAUCAAGCUAAAGCCGGCCACCAUGAAGAAGUGGAACGAGGAGAAGACCACGCUCCCGAGGACCUUCACUACGACAUCGCCGCCGUGUUCAAGCUGUUCCUGCGGCCCGACAUUGGCAUCGUGCGUGAGGUGGCGUCGGCGGCGGACGCCCAGCACGACCUGGACGGCAGCGUGGCCGACUACGACUACGACAACGAGCGCGACUCGCAAAACUACUGUCCCGACCUGCCGCAGACUGACGACUGCGACGACUAUGACCAGGAGGCGACGUUCCUGCCGUCGGGCGGCGGCGCGAGCGUGUGGGACGCCAGCGAGCUGCAGGAGGCGGCGCCGCCGCCGUCGGCCACCCAGCUCAGCGGCGAGAGCCUGGUGCAGGCGCCGCACAAGGUGGAAAAGAUCCAUAUUGCAUACGCUAGGACGGCGAAGAAAAUGGACAUGCGGAAACUGAAAGUCGCCAUAUGGGAGAUACUUCUGGACAAGAAACGUGACGACAAGGAGAACGCUUCCGGCUCGCCACCGGCCGUCCGGAAGGAGGCCGCCGCCGACCAGAUGACGCCCGACCGCGACUACAGCUUCCGCGAGCUGUACCACCGGCUGCCGGCGCGGAUCAGCACCAAGAUGGCCGACAACCUCAGCGUCGCGCUGGCCUUCACGGCGCUGCUGCACACGGCCAACGAGCGCUGCCUGCGCAUCACCGGCUCGCACCGGCUCGACGACUUCCUCGUCUCGCAGGAGGCGCCCUGAGCGGCCCGCCGCGCCGCCACCCGCCGAGGA